AUGCCUGGAUCAGGAAUCAAGACCAUCUUCGGUGGAGCGGGUGUGGGUAGGGGCGCCUUCCAAACUGUAGAGGAUUGUCACGAAGUCUUCAAGACUCUGAAGGCCUACGGAGUCGAGACUAUCGAUACAGCUCAGCUCUACGGAGCUUCUGAGCAGGUUCUGGGAGAAGCAAAGGCCGGCGAGCAGUUCAUUGUCGACACAAAAACUCCCGGAGGCUUCAACCCACAAGCCAACACCAAGGAUGCCAUCCUCGAGAACGGACACGAGAGCUCAAAGAAGCUCGGUGCACUUGACGUCUUUUACAUUCAUUCGCCAUCUCCAACCGAGCCCAAUGCUGAGGUUCUUUCCGCUGUCAAUGAGCUUUACAAGGCUGGCGUCUUCAAGCGGUUCGGCCUAUCCAACUUCACCGCCAGCGACGUCGAAGCUGUUUACGACUACUGCGAGAAGAACGGCCUCGUGAAGCCCUCGGUCUAUCAAGGCAAUUACUCGCCCGUAGCCCGUCGUCAAGACACCGAACUUCUCCCAACUCUUCGCAAGCUUGGUAUCUCCUUCUACGCCUACAGCCCCUUGGCUGGCGGCUUCUUAACCAAGACAAAGCAAGAAGUCCUCGAUGGAAAGGGUAGAUUUGGGCUCGAGAUGAUCGGUGCAAUCUACACCAACAUGUACGCCAGACCUCAGCUACUGGACUCGCUCGUAGAUUGGGAGAAGAUUGCCAGCGAGGCAGGUAUUUCGCGUGCUGAACUGGCAUAUCGCUGGGUCAAGUACAAUUCCGCAUUGAAGCCUGAACAUGGUGAUGGAAUCAUCGUUGGUGCGAGCAGUCUCGAGCAGUUGAAGGAGACGUUGGAAGGCCUUGACCAUGGUCCUCUUGCUGAUGAAGUUGUGGAGAAGAUUGAUGCCUUGUGGGAUACCAUUAAGCAUGUUGCUCCGCUUGACAACUACAACGACGGUCUGAAGCCUAACUAA